GGCAGCAUCCAGUUGGAAAAUGUACGCGCACUCAAACGCAACAAAAAGCGCGUGACAAAACGGGAACAGAACCACACACAGAAGGCGGAAAGAAAGGCAGAAGGAAAGAAACAGCAAGGAAUAUUCGGCAAAAAGCACACACAUACCCACACACACACACCGAAACGAAUGCGUCGCGUGCUUCCCCAAAUCUCCAAUAUCCCCAUCCUACAACACCACCCUCUGCUGCUGCUGCUGCUGCUGUGCGUGUCUAUAGAGUGAAAGAGAAAGAAAGAAGAAAGAAAAAAGUGAAUAACGGUACAAAUCAAUUGCUGUAAAUUAAAAAGCAAAUAGCCUGACAAUUAUUUGCGGUGUGUGUUUGCGGUUUGAUUUGGUUCCGAUCCGAUACUGUUUCCGGGUUCGAGUACGAUUUCGUUCACGGACACGGGCGAAUAAGCGUGCGUAUUGGCCGGAAGACAUAGAGAGAGCGGCCCCGUUAAGAUUUCGGUCGUCGGCGGUGGUCGGAGAGGCUCAAAGAUUUGGCGUCGCGAGCGCAUCGAAAUGACAAAUGAUCCGGACCUCGAUGACUGUGCAUUUCUAUCAGGUGGCGAAUCGAGUGGGGGCCGCCAGACGCGCACUGGAGUCGCCGUCUGCUCGCAGCGUCGGGCUCUCCUGGUGGCCGGGAUCGUGCUCGGCUCCCUCCUCCUGACGGCCAUCAUCAUUGCCUACGCUGGACCGUCGAACGACUGCUCCUGCGGGACGAAAACCGUGUCCGGCUAUGAAACGGAUGAAGAGAACAACACGCAGCCCUUCAAUCCGAUUGCCACCAACGGCGAGCCCUUCCCCUGGCUCGAGAAGAUGCUGCCCACCAGUGCCCGACCCCUGCGCUACAUGGUCACCAUUCAUCCCAACCUGACGACAUUGGACGUCAAAGGCCAAGUCACCAUCGAUUUGCACAUUGAGAAGGAGACCAACUUCCUCGUCCUGCACAUCCAGGACCUCAACGUCACCGAGAAGGCCAUUGUGACCCCUGGACCGAAGGGAUACGCCCUGAAAAUUGUCAAGGUGCUGGAGUUUCCGCAGCGCCAGCAGCUCUACAUUGAGGUGAAGGAGAGGCUCAAGAAGAAGUCCAAUUACACCUUGAAUCUGCGCUGGUACUCGAAACUGAACCCCGAACCGGAGGGCUUCUAUGUGGACCAGUACGAGAGCUCCAAUGGUGUGGAAAGAUUGCUGGCUGCCACCGUCUUCCGACCGAAUGGCGCACGACGGGCCUUCCCCUGCUUCGACGAGCCGCAUGUGAGGGCGCCCUUCCGCAUAUCCGUGUUCCGCGAUCGCUUCCACAUCGGUCUCUCCAACUCCAUUGUGCACACCACCGAAGACGUGGGCUUCUACAUGGGCACGGGAUUGCUUCGGGAUGACUUCAUCGAGACUCCAGCGUUGCCCGCCGAUGCCGUGGCUUGGGUGGUGAGCGACUUCCAGCGUGAAUCCCUGCAGCCCUCGGCCGCCUAUAUACCCACCACAGCGGCUCCCUACAGCUCGGGUGCUGGGGGCAAGAAGUCCGCACAGUUGAACAACUACACGCAGCUGAAGAGCAAGAACCCGCCUGUCCGCAACAUCACUGCCCUGACGCACUCGCUGAACGUGAACCUCACGCCCCGCCAGAACCUCAGCCACAUUGCAGCGGCAGCCACCACAACGACAGCCCUGCCCGUGAGCCUCAAUGGCAACGGGAAGCCCACGAAUCUCACCUCCCUGUCGCAGUCGACGAGCUCCUCCAUCAAGCGAGCGCCGUCGUACACCUUCUAUGCGCCGCGGGAUCUGCUGGUGCGCUCUUCGUUUAUACUCCACACAUCGCGGGAUGUGCUGGAGUACCUGCAGACGUGGCUGGACAUUAGCUAUCCAUUGACCAAAGUGGACUUUGUGGCCCUGCCCUCGCUGGACCGCAACAUGAUCUCCUCGCUGGGUCUGGUCACGCUUAAGACCUCCUUCCUCACGGAUCCCAGCUCCAUAACCUCGGAGCAGUACCAGUUCAGUGCCCUGCGCAUUGCCGAGGCCAUGGUGCGGCAGUUCUUCGGUGGCAUCACCUCCCGCAAGGUGCUCAAGGACGUGUGGCUGUGGGAGGGGCUCAUCCAGUAUCUCGGCAUCCAUGCCCUCGCUCCGCUCCAGCAGAGCUGGCCCCUGAGGGAGAUGUACCUGCUGAAGAUGGCCACAGCAGCGCUGGACAUCGACGCCAUCCAGGGCUGGGACAGCAUCAUGAACGGCACCAGCCACGAUGGCAAGAACGAGGACUUCUUUGUCCAGAAGACGGCUGCCAUCUUCUCGAUGCUGCACACGGCCAUCGGGGAGGAUCGCUUCCGGGGCUGCCUGGGCUCCUUCCUCAAGGUGAACCGCUUCAAGACCGCAGAGCCCACGGAUCUCUGGACCAUCUGCACGAAGAAAGCCAACGGCUCGAAGAACAUCAAGGACAUGAUGACCCUGUGGACCCACCAGCCCGGAUUCCCCCUGCUCACCGUCACGAAAAUGGGCAACAGCGUCUCCAUAUCACAGCGCCCCUUCCGCCCCGCCGACUUCCUAGCCAUCCACGACGACUCCUACGACGGCAACAACUACAACAAGACCACUCUCAACGCCACCGACAUGCCCAGCACAGUGGCACCCACGCCCCAGGGCAAGCACAAGGCGGCGGCGCCGCACAUGAAAUGGAUCUUCCCCGUGACCUAUGUGACGGACAUCAACAAUGUCAGCGAGACCCUGUGGAUGCAGAAUGUGGAUAUCAACUUCAAUGUGCCGGAGAACGUCAAGUGGAUCAAGGUGAAUGCCAUCCAAAAUGGUUACUAUCGCGUGGUCUACAACGACGAUAACUGGGCAAAUCUCAUCGAGGAGCUAUCCAACAAUCCCAAGAGGUUCAGCAGCGAGGAUCGUUUGGGUCUGCUGUCCGAUGCCUUCACGCUGUGCCAUGCCAAUCUGCUGCCCUGCGAGAUCACCAUGAACAUGAUCCAGUAUCUGCCGAGCGAAACGCACUAUGGACCCAUGGCUCUGGCUCUGAGGCAUCUGGAGAAGUGGCGGCGGAUACUCAAGUACUCCGAGUGCUUCCUGAUGCUCAGUGAGUUCAUCAAGAUGAAGAUCUCCACGGUUAUGGAGAAGGUGGGCUGGACAGAUGAGGGCGAUGUGCCUGCCAGAUUGAUGCGUCCCGAGGUUUUGCUGGCAUCGGUGCUGUGGGAGGACAUUGACAGCAUAACCAAGGCCAAGAACAUGUUGAAUCAGUAUCUGUAUUACAAUGGAUCGGCCAUAGCGCCCAAUCUGAGAGAGGUGGUCUAUACGGGCUCCAUUCUCUCUGGGGAGUACAUCUAUUGGCAGCAUUGCUGGGAGCGCUUCGUUACCCUACAGCGGACAUCGGAGACAUUCGUGGAGCGAAUGCAAUUGCUGCGCGCUUUGGGCAGGACUAAGGAUGCCUGGCUGCAGAACCGCCUACUGUCGCACGUGACCAUGCUGCCCACCGAGGAGGUGGUGCAGGUGCUCAAGGCGAUUGCUGGCACGCCCACAGGUGGGGCCAUGGCCUGCCGCUUCCUGCAGGCCAAGUGGUUCGAGCUGGAGAAGCGACUGGGACAGGGAACGAUCAGCUUUGCCAAGGUGAUCUCCGCCAUCACUCAAUACGGAGCCACAAAGUUCGACUACGAUGAGCUUAAAUCUCUGGUACAUCGCUUUGGCCGGGGCCAGGGCAUGUCCGUGCUGAACAUGACACUCAGCAGCGUGGCCUCCAAUGUCGAGUGGGUGGCCCGCUCCCAGACGUCGCUCUACAAGUGGGUGGAGAGCAACCUGCACUCGCACCGCCGAUAAAGGAACGAACCCCAAGGAAGAACGAACUUCUUCUCACACUCACAUUUGUAAUUAUGUUCCUCUCAGACAGACGGAUGAUCUUCAGUGGAUUUUGAUUUCGCGUAAACUAUGGAUCUAUAAUCUAUACCAUAUCAUUGCCAAUCUCCUUGGUUCUCUACUCUCAAACUCAACACACACACAC